UGCCAAUGAGUGGACCGCCGAAGAGUCCGUUGGGUAUCUUCUGUGACAUCGAGAACUGUGCGGUGCCUAAGAAUGCCAACGCUUCAGAUGUGGCCAAACGGAUCCGACAGCACAUCCAAACGGCUCAUCCGGAGUGCGGUUACGCCAAAGAGUUCUUCAUCGCGGGUGACAUCAGGCGAAUGGAUGCACACGUGUGCGAGUCGUUGGACAGGAAUGGAGUGGUUGUCGUUCACGUGAACUCCACGGCGAAGAACGCGGCCGACGAUAAGCUCAAAGAGUUGAUCGAUAUGUUUGUCGACAAGUUUGGCUCCGAUUCAGUACUGGUGGUCAUCACCGGUGAUAUCAACUUUGCACAGCCUAUACGCGGCGCCCGACGUAAAGAGAUCGCUGUUGUCCUCAUUCACGGCACCAGUCAUUCACGGGAUCUCAAGAAUUUGGUCGACGAGUCGUAUCUCUUCGAAGACGUGAUCAAAGGCUGUGAGACUAUCACUAAAGAGGAGAAGCAAUUGAAUCCCGCUUAUCUCAAAGUAUCAAAUUUGCCGAAAGAGAGAUCUAAUGCAUCCAUUGUUAACCGAUUGAGUCAUUUGUCGGCCAAUUGUGGCGGAAAAGUAGAGGGCGUUGUGUCCGGAGAAGCGGUCAUUCGUUUCGGCUGUAAAGACGACGCCCAGAGAGCUCUGCAACGGAUGGCAGGAAAGGACUGUUUGGGCCGUAAAAUCGGUGUCAAACUCAUGGAUUCGGCGCCGAAGACACCGACGAAAGGCAGUCAUCCAAUCAAUGAUAAGCCAAAUACAACGGAUUCAAAGGAUAGUUGCAAAUCAGUGAUCAAAGGAUUGUUCACCAAAAAGGAUGAAAAUGUCACUCAAUUGGUCCGAAAACUGGUCAAAGACUGGAAUGACUCCCAAAUAAACCCCAAUAUUAUAACAUUUGUAAACCGCGGCGGAAAAGAUGACGGAAAAGUGACACUCUUUGUGACCACAACUACCGCUCAUAACAAUCACCUGUUGUUUACGGCCGCGAAGAAGCACUUGAAGGAAAAGGAUGGCAUUAAAUGGUUUAAAUUCAUACAAAAACCUCAAACCAAUCAAAAUGAAGCCAAAGCUGAGGCCAAAAGUCAACCAAAUUCACCACAAUUUGAGGAAAACUCGUGUAAAUCAGUGCUUAAAGGCAUGGAAACCAAGAAAGACGAUAACGUAUUGAGAAUUGUACGCGAAUUAGUGAAGAGUUGGUCCGACACUACUGUUAACACCACUCUUAUAGCGGAUGUCAAACGAGACAAGAAGUUUACGCAAAGAGACGGAAAGGCGUUAUUGUUUGUAAUGGCAGUGAAUCCGGAGUCGAGUAUAGCUCUGGUGAACGCAGGGAACAGACAUUUGAAAGAUGGCCUCCAAUGGAGUCAUUAUAAACCGAAAGCACGAAAAGACUCAGAAGUGGACACUGAGUCGAAUGCAAGCGAUUUGGAUCGCAAUCUCUUAACCAAGAGCUCCAACGAUGACAAGCAUUCAUUGGCAACGCCUGUCAGUAAUGCCUCGAACGAAAGCGAUAACGAUAUGGAUCGAUAUCUGGCAGAAAAAGCCUCAUAUGAAUCAUAUUCAAAUCAAUACCCGUUUUGUAUAUCGGCAACCAGAAAGUGGUCAGGGCAGAAUUGGUGGUUUUUAACCGAAAACCCUAAAAGAUCGGCAUUCAAAACGCCUUUCUAUUUGACGAAUACGCCAUUCAAUACUCCCGAACCGAUGUAUUACUUGACAACUACUCCAUAUUAUUCUACGCAAACCCCGUAUUAUUUAUCGCUGUAUGAGUCUAACCAAACGAGGUACUAUUCAUGGGAUGGUUUUGAAAGUGAGGAACCUGGAUGUGUCUUAUCAUAG